AAUUUUUUUUUGUAUAUUUUGGUUGUAGGUCAGAUUUUGGAAAGAGGCCGUUUACAGACCUCCUCACCCGAUUCGUGGAGGCAUCCCAAUUUGCUUCCCAAGUUUUUCGACGAAGAAUUCCUGGAGAAACAUGGAUUUGCUAGAACCGAAGUAUGGAUUUUGACACGUGAUACAGCUUUUCCCCCUCCGACACCCGAUCAUGCAUACGUUGAUUUUCUACUCGAUCAUAAACCCGACGACUUCCAAGACUGGCCUAAUCAUAAAUUUGAGCUCCGUUUACGUGUUAUCCUGGGACCCACCGGAGAUCUGACUAUGACAACUCGUGUAAAAAAUGUCAACACUAAUGGGGAGCCUUUCGCGUUCAAAUUUGCCUAUCACUCCUACUUCUCCGUCUCAAAUAUCCUUGCAACUCGAAUUGAAGGAUUGCAGGGGUUGGAUUAUCGGGACUAUCUGGAUCACGAUCAAUUCACUGAAGAGGCUGGUGUACUCACUUUUGAAGAAGAAUUGGACAGGGCAUACCUGAACACUCCUGAUGAGAUCCGUAUUAGAGACCUUGAGCUUAGAAGAGUUAUUACCAUUUACAAAGAUGAUAGUCUUCCUGAAAUUGUUGUGUGGAAUCCAUGGGAAGAUGAUGCAGGUUUGAUAGCUGAUUUUUGAGAUGAAGAGUAUAAGGUGAUGAUUUGAAGUAGAUUUAAAAGGCGUGUGCAGAAAUUUGAGGCCUCGAUUGUUCAUUGAAUAUUUUUUGAUUUUUGAUACGUUUUGUUGUAAUUGUAAAGUAAAAAAAAAUGGCCACAAUACCUUUUUAGGUUUUAAUUAAUCUGUAGCAAAUCAAUUAUGGAUCAUGUUAUUGGAGGCAGGUUCAAGCUGGGGAGGAAGAUUGGUAGCGAAUCUUUUGGAGAGCUUUAUUUGGGUAAUCUCAUCGGCAAUUUUUUUUCUCAUUUUUUCUUUAUAGGCAAACUAUAUAUAAAUAUUUAUAUAUGUGCUAUUUUAAAUUUCAUUGAGUAAAUAUACAAACUGGAGAAGAAGUUGCUGUGAAGCUGGUGAGUAGACUUUUCCGUCUUCGAAUUGGAUAAAUGGUUUAGGUGUUCAAUUUUUGAAUGAGACUUAUGUCCGGAAUUUGCGAAUCCGAUCAUCAACCCCGCCGCCGAAGAAUCCAUCGGUGAUAUAAACGGCUUCGGCUGAAUAUAUUGAUAUUGCAGUGGAAGCUGCUCGCAAAGCAUUCUUCAGAAAUGGUGGCAAAGAUUGGUCAUCCGCAACUGGGGCCCACCGAGCCAAGUAUUUACGAGCCAUCGCUGCUAAGGUUUUUCUUCCUCACUCUAAUUAAAUUUUGUUGCAAAAUAUUUCAGUUUCUUGUGGACUAUUUUCUCGUAUGGUUUAGGGGUGCGAUAGAAACUAUUUUGGUAAUUUUAUGUAAAAGUAUAAAAUCUUGACUCUUGCUUCGUGAAUUUGAGAACAAUUUGUAAAGGUUUAUUUCAAUUUUAUUGGUACUGUUUCGACUU